AGAGAUGGGCUGGGGAGGGCAGAAGCCUGCCCAUGUCAUCUGCCCACUGGGGAGUGACACCCAAGACCUCCUGGCACAGACAAACUCCGGCAAUGCUCUUACCAGCAGUAGAAACUGGCUGAGUGUCGGGAGAGCCUGAGCCCCCAGGUGCAUGUCAGGGGCGGGCCCAGCCCCUUCCUCCACAUGCCCCCACUUACUCCCACCCUGGUGCUGUGACCCUUGUGGUGCUGUGCAAGCCAUGCCAGCCUUGGGGAGUGGCUCCUCCGCCUGGGCGCCAAGGUGCGGGAGGGCACGUCCGUGGGCGAGGCAGACUGGCUCCCCCGCCUGUUGCAGCCCCCACUGCCACCUCUUCCAAGAGGCCCAGAGGCCAGUGACACUCCCGAGCUGAAGAAGCAGCUCUGGCUUGAACCAUUCUCUGGCCCCAGCCCGGAGUGUUACUCUGGAGCCAGGCCCUGGGCCCAGCCCCUUCUUCCGAGCGGCUCCAACAUCCGAGGUCAUAAGGCUGCCCAAUUCCGGGCUAUUUCUGUCCUGGGCGGGGGAGGGAGCCCUUGGCCUGGCUGUUACUGGAGCCCGGGGGGGGGGACUGCCCUCCCAGCAGUGCCAUAACUGGCUGCCUCCAGCUGUCCGUCUGCCCCGGAGUGGGUGCUGAUUGGGCUGGGGGGGUAUAAAAGGGGCACACAGGGCCAUAGGGAGGUGCUGUUGCAGCUGCCACAGAGCUGGGCUCUCCAGGCACUCUGCCUUUCCUGCCCCGAAGAUGCCGACCCACCGGCUAGUGAUCGUGCGCCACGGCGAAAGCACCUGGAACCAGGAGAACCGCUUCUGUGGCUGGUUCGACGCUGACCUGAGCGAGAAGGGGGUGGAGGAGGCGCGGCGUGGGGCCCAGGCCCUCCGGGAGGCGGGCUACGAGUUCGAUGUCUGCUACACCUCGGUGCUCAAGAGGGCCAUCCGCACCCUCUGGGCCAUCCUGGACGGCAUUGACCAGAUGUGGCUGCCUGUGGUGCGCACCUGGCACCUCAACGAGCGCCACUAUGGGGGCCUGACUGGCCUCAACAAGGCCGAGACCGCCGCCCAGCACGGCGAGGAGCAGGUGAAGAUCUGGCGGCGCUCCUACGACAUUCCCCCGCCUCCCAUGGAGGAGCAGCACCAAUACUACCAGCUCAUCAGCAAGGAGAGGCGCUACGCAGGCCUGAAGCCUGGGGAACUGCCCACGUGUGAGAGCCUCAAAGACACCAUCGCCCGUGCCCUGCCCUUCUGGAAUGAGGAGAUCGUCCCCCAAAUCAAAGCUGGCAAGAGGGUGUUGAUCGCCGCCCACGGGAACAGCCUGCGUGGCAUCGUCAAGCACCUGGAGGGGAUGUCCGACGCCGCCAUCAUGGAACUGAACCUGCCAACCGGGAUCCCCAUUGUGUACGAACUGGACGAGAGCCUGAAGCCCACCAAGCCCAUGCAGUUCCUGGGCGACGAGGAGACCGUGCGCAAGGCCAUGGAGGCUGUGGCGGCUCAGGGCAAGGUCCAGAAGUGAGGGGGAGGGAGAGCAGCCAGGGCAAUAAACCCAUGAAACCCG